GAUCAUAGCUGACGUCUUCCUCCUCCACGAGGAUGCGCCGCGUCUGCUCUCUGCUUUGGUCGCUGGCCCUGCUGCACCUGGCCUCCUCGCUGCUGCUGGGCGCCUUCAACGUCAAGUCCUUUGGAGACAAGAAGGCCUCCAAUGCCACCAUCAUGGGCCUCCUGAGCCAGAUCGUCCAGCGCUACGACAUCGUUCUGAUCCAGGAGGUCCGGGACAAGGAUCUGUCUGCGACGACCAAACUGAUGGAGCACGUCAACAAAAACACUGCCUUCACAUACAGGCACAUCGUCAGCGAACCUCUUGGCCGGAGUUCAUAUAAAGAGCGAUACCUCUUCCUCUACAGGGAAGCAACGGUUUCGGUGCUGGACAGUUUCACCUACGAUGACGGCUGCGAGUCCUGCGGCACCGACACCUUCAUCAGAGAACCCUUUGUGGUCAAGUUCUCCUCCGUGUACUCCGCGCUGCAGAGCUUCGUCCUCGUGCCUCAACACACGUCCCCGGACUUCGCUCUGGAGGAGACGGACGCGCUCUACGACGUGGUGGCCGACGUGCGAGCCCGCUGGGACACCGACCUGCUGAUCCUGCUCGGAGACUUCAACACUGACUGUAACUACGUAUCCGGAGCCGAGUGGCAGAAGAUCCGACUGUUCACCGACAAAAGCUUCCACUGGCUGAUCGGAGACGACGCGGACACCACGGUGACUCACACGCACUGUGCUUACGACAGGAUCGUGGUCUCGGAUGAGAUGAAGAAGGGGAUCCAGCCGGGCAGCGCCGGAGUCUACGACUUCAUGAGGGACCUGAACCUGAGUCUCGAACUGGCGCUGGCGGUGAGCGAUCACUUCCCCGUCGAUGUCAAGCUGCUGCGCUCGACUGCGAGGGUCUGAAGGACGGCGCCUUUCGUGUCGGAGCUUCGGACGCAGCGGAAGAUCGAAAUAAAACUUCCAGCAUUUUAAGAGUGUGGUGUACAAACACGAGGUUUUCGUGUUCGAAUAGCCGCCAUUACUCAGCACAAACAGCGGCGGACACGCCAGCAGCUUCUCUUUAGGAAGAAAAUGUGUGAUUCAUGCGGCUCCGCUGACAUCACCGGCAACUAUAAUUCAGUUAAUCAGCUCGUUCAAAGUUAAAAAAAAUAACUUUAGCAAAGCAAUUGAGGCAAAUCAUGCUAAUGCUGGCGUGAGUCUGGUGAAAGCUAAGUGCUAACCCCAAAAAGCUAACCGAGCGUCGAUCAGAAGUGAAGAAGAGGCGGGAAAAAAAAACGAAAAAGUCAAUCUAUUUUUCCUAAAAUGCAGUUUUCAUAGUUAAAAAUAAAGAACACAAUAGGUGAUAAAGUUUACUAUCUACUUUGAAUGACAAGCAGGAAACUAU